AUGUUGCUUACGCCAUGCCUCCUCAGAGAACUGAUUUGUGUACUUACACUUACGCCGGAUGUUAGGAAUAAGAUGCCGUAUCUUUCAGCAAAAGUAUCAGAGCUUCCCUUACCCUUAUCCAGCGUUCAUAUUGCAGUCUAUGGAGACACCGAGACAAUCUCACAGAACCACCUCUCCUACACCUUUACAAGUACAACAUAUCUACCUCAGAUAACCCAUCAAUCUUCUACAAGUUUGAAGGUAUUAGAUAUUUUCAGCACACCUACAUCCGCCUCAUCAUUUUUUUCCACCGUCUCAUCUGCCUCCAUCACCACCUCAACGGCUUCAGCACUACCAAGCAACUACCCCAUUACAAGUCCUAACGUUAGGGACACGCAGCCUUUAGGGUCCUUCUUCAGUGCCAACGGCAUGUUCCCGCACCUCUUUGCUGGUGCCGGGACCGCCGGCGCAUUCCUCCUUCUCCUCGCAGCGUAUCAACUCAUACAACACGCCCUCGCAGCGUGCCGCCGUCGCCGUCGCCCCCCAUCAAUCCAGCUGGCUGGCAUACAAAACAUGAAAAAGCAGAUGUAUGGUCGACUUACAAGCCGCCUCUCCGAGAAUCGCAAUGAUAAUCGGGACUCCUCUGUAGAACAGGAGGAGCACCGCGACAACGAUAUCGAAGCCCGGGCCGCGCGUGCCGAGGAUGGAGGCGCCGUCGCGCUGCCUCUCACGCUGCAGAUGUGUGUUAGCCGCCUCGAGGCGCGUGUGCAGCACCUCGAACGCGUCCUCGAAGGGCGCACUGGUGGUGCGAGUGCAAUGCGUCCGAUCUCAGUAGCAAUCGCAGCGCAGGCUCGAGUUCCGACGCCAGCUCAAUGCUCGACUGGAAUGAACACGGAUAUUGAAACGGAAACAGCAACAGAAAUUAACAGGAGGAUUGUUACGGGUAUGGAACACGGGAGUACUGCGCCUAACGCUGCUAGUACUGCAGAGCUCACCACACCUUCCGUGGUGCGCGCACCCUCGAUUUCGCAAUGCAGGGAAGAUAGUGUGGCCCAAUGCGAUGCCUCACCAGCAACCGCAUCUCCACAGCCGACUAUAACGAGCUUGAGCGCUUUGAGUUACACUACUGGUACCCGGCGCGAGUCGCGUGCAGAGAGUGUGGACUCCAUCAGCGGACGCAGCUCACCACCGGAAUAUCGCUCGCGAGAGGCGUCUCUGGUAGCUACACGCAGUCUUAUAGAUGAAAGGCCUUCUUCGUCACGGUCAAGCACUGGUACAGCCAAUCGGGCAUGA